GGCAUUAUUUUUGUUUUCCUCAGCCUAGAGCUUGGUACGCGGGGUAAGGCUGUCCUUCCUCUCCACUUUGCUAUUUUGACAUCUCAUUAGGAGCAGUAGUGAAUUCCAAGAUGUCAUCUAAGAGAAUGCCAUUCUACCAAAAGAGACACAAACACUUUGACCAGUCCUAUCGCAACGUUCAGACUAGAUAUUUGCUCCAGGAAUAUUCAGCAAGAAGGGCUGCGUCUAGACAGGCUGCUUCCUAUCAUAUAUCUUCUAACCUGGGAAGGACAACAUGUAGACUCUGUGCCAGGAGACCUUAUCGUACCUCAUUUGAAGAGGAGGAAGAACCCAGGGAGGCAAGGGCUGCAUCUAGACAGGCUGCUUCCUAUCAUAUAUCUUCCAGCCUGGGAAGGACAAUAUGUAGAAUCUGUGCCAGGAGACUUUAUCAUACUUCAUCUGAAGAGGAGUUGCAAGAAUCCAAGGUGGCCAGGAGUCAUGAGCAAAAGUCUCAGCACUGGAGUGAACUGAGGAGGGCCCGGUUUGUCACUGAUUUGGCUGCUUUGGAAGAUGAGGUGCACGCAGCCAGGCAUCUUGCUAGAGAACAACUGGAUAAAAUCACCAUACAGAGGAUGGUAGAAGAAAAGAUGGCUUUGGAAAGGUAUACAGUUGAAGAGUCUAUUAGCAGAGCCCCUGAAAUUUUGGUACGGCUCCGGUCCCACACUAUUUGGGAAAAGAUGUCUGUCAGGCUUUACUGCACCAUCCAGGGAUUUCCCACUCCUAUUGUACGAUGGUAUAAAAAUGAAGAACUGAUUACUCCUGCAAGUGAGCCUGGAAAGUACACGAUUGAAAGCAAAUAUGGAGUGCAUGUCUUGGAAAUAAACCGAGCUUACUAUGAUGACACCGCUACCUAUACUGCAGUGGCAACUAAUGUGCACGGACAGGCAUCGACCAAUGCUGCUGUUAUUGUAAGGAGAUACCGAGGGGACGAAGAGCCAUACCCAGCUGAAAUUCUGCCUUAUCACUUGCCUCUGCCCCUGGACAUGUGCUAUACCCAUUUUGAUGUUCAGUUUUUGGAGCGGUUUGGUGUCACUUUUGGUGUGGAGGGGGAAACACUUGUCCUCAGAUGUGGUCUCCUGGUCACCCCAGAGCUGAAUCGUCUCCGACCUCGUGCUGAGUGGUACAGAGAUGAUGUACUAAUAAAAGAAUCCAAAUGGACGAAGCCAUUCUUUGGAGAUGGUGAAGCAUCACUGUCCUUCACCCACCUGAACAAGGAUGAUGAAGGCUUAUAUACCUUACGUAUAGUUUCAAAAGGAGGAGUGAGUGAAUACAGUGCAUUUCUGUUUGUGAGAGAUGCUGAUGCACUGGUAAUGGGGGCACCAGGUGCACCAAUGGAUGCAAAAUGCUAUGAUGCUAACAGAGAUUAUGUUAUUGUUACUUGGAAACCACCAAAUACAACCCAUGAAGCUCCAGUUAUUGGCUAUUUUGUGGACAGAUGUGAAGUGGGUACCCAAAACUGGGUUCAGUGCAAUGAUGCUCCUGUCAAAAUCUGCAAAUAUCCAGUGACUGGAUUGUUUGAAGGACGUUCCUAUGUAUUCCGUGUGAGGGCAGUCAACCAGGCUGGCAUCAGCAGGCCAUCUAGAAUCUCUGAUGCAGUGGCAGCUCUUGACCCUGUUGACUUGGAGAGGUUACAGUCUAUUCAUCUGGAUGGAGGCAAAGAAAUUGUAAUCUAUCAAGAUCACCUUGAAGGCGAUGUUAAGAUUCCAGGACCUCCUACCAAUGUACACGCUUCAGAAACCAGCAAAACAUAUGUUGUACUCAGCUGGGAUCCACCUGUUCCCCAUGGCAAAGAGCCAUUAUCAUAUUUCAUUGAGAAGUCUGUUGUUGGCAGUGGAACCUGGCAGAGGGUCAAUGCUCAAGUGGCUGUGAGAUCUCCCCGCUAUGCAGUGUUUGAUCUUGCUGAAGGGAAAUCAUAUGUAUUCCGAGUUUUGUCAGCAAACAAGCAUGGGAUGAGUGAUCCUUCUGAAAUAACACCUCCUAUUCAAGCACAGGAGGCCGUAGGUAUUCCAUCUGCUCCGGGACGUAUAGUGGCAACAAGAAACACAAGGACCUCUGUUAUUGUCCAAUGGGACAAGCCAAAACAUGAAGAAGGCCUGCUUGGCUACUAUAUUGACUACUCUGUGGCAGGGUCAAAUCACUGGGAACCCUGUAACCAUAAGCCUAUCAAGAAUAACAGAUUUGCUAUGCAUGGCUUAACGACAGGAGAGAAAUACAUCUUCCGUGCGAAAGCUGCAAAUGCAGUGGGACUGAGUGAAAAUUCUCAGGAGUCUGAACCUGUAUCAGUACAGGCAGCCCUCACUUGUCCAUCCUAUCCUUAUGGUCUCACACUUCUCAACUGUGAUGGCCACUCAAUGACCAUUGGCUGGAAACUUCCAAGAUACAGUGGUGGAUCAAAUAUUCUGGGCUACUACAUAGACAAACGAGAGGUCAACCACCACAACUGGCAUGAAGUUAACUCUUCUGCUGUUAAAGAAAGAAUUUAUACGGUAGAGGAUCUGACAGAAAAUGCCUACUAUGAAUUCAAAAUUGCAGCUGCAAAUAUAGCUGGCAUAGGUCAGUCAUCUGAACCCAGCGAGCAUUUCAAAUGUGAGGCUUGGACGAUGCCACAACCUGGUCCUCCCCAUGAUCUUACGUUUUGUGAGGUUAGGAAUACGUCCCUUGUGAUUUUCUGGAAAGCACCUAUUUACAUGGGCAGCAGCCCUGUUACAGGAUAUUAUGUGGACUACAAGGAGGAAGAAGGGGAAGAAUGGAUCACGUUCAGUGAGAAGCCAACAUCACACCGUUAUCUAAAGGUUACUGGAUUACAUGAGGGCAAAUGCUACUUAUUUCGAGUUCGUCCAGUGAAUGAUGCUGGUAUAGGCAAGUCGUCAGAUGUUUCUGAAGCUGUGCUGGUCCAGGCUAAACCAGACACCAAGGAAAUCGCUGCAGGUGUGGAUGAAGGAGGCAAUAUUUACCUUGCCUUUGACUGCAAAGAAAUUUCAGAUGCUUCCCAUUUUACUUGGAGUAAAUUCUAUGAAGAGAUAAACGAUCCUGAUAAGUUUAAAGUUGAAACAGAUGGAGAAAAUUCUAGACUCUAUUUUAAGAAACCCGAUACUGAUGAUUUGGGAACCUACGCUGUUGCUGUUAGCGAUACCGAUGGUGUUUCUUCCAGUUUUACCAUGGAUAAAGAAGAGCUUCAACGUCUGAUGACACUAAGCCAGGAAAUCCGGAAUCCAACAAUCCCUCUGAAGUCUGAAUUAGCCUAUGAGCUUUUGGACAGAGGACAAGUUCAUUUCUGGCUUCAGGCUGAGAGCCUUUCACCUAAUGCCAGCUACAGAUUUGUAAUCAAUGACACCGAAGUUGUCAACAGUGAUACACAUAAGAUUAAAUGUGACUAUUCAACUGGUAUCAUUGAGAUGACUAUGGACCGCUUUACUAUUGAAAAUGAAGGCACCUACACCGUCCAGCUUCAAGAUGGAAAAGCCAAGAGCCAAUCUUCAUUAGUUCUUAUUGGUGAUGCAUUUAAGAAUGUAUUGGCUGAGGCUGAGGUGCAGAGAAAGGAUUUCCUGAGAAAACAAGGUCCUCAUUUUCUGGAGUAUUUGCAUUGGAACGUUACAGAAAACUGUGAAGUGCAGCUGCUCUGUAAGGUGGCAAAUACCAAGAAGGAGACCUUUUUCAAGUGGUACAAAGAUGGAGCUGGACUUGAUGUUAAAGAGGCACCUGAUCUGCAGACAGGAGUGUGCUGUCUGACUAUUCCAAAGCUGUCUAAAAAGAACCAGGGCGAAUAUAAGACUACACUGUCAGAUGACAGAGGUCAAGAUGUCUCAUCUCUUGAUGUAUCAGGGAAAGUAUAUGACGAUAUGAUCCUGGGAUUGAGUAAAGUCAGUGGUAAAUCCGCUUCUAACCUGAAGGUCCAUUGUACUCCGGAAGGCAUAAGACUACAAUGUUUCCUGAAGUACUACACAGAGGACAUGAAAGCAAAUUGGUAUCACAAGGAAUCUAAGAUUUCUUCUGGUGAAAAGAUGAGGAUUGGAGGCAGUGAUGAAGUUGCCUGGAUACAGAUAUGUGAGCCCACGGAAAAGGAUAAAGGGAAAUACACCUUUGAGCUGUUUGAUGGUAAAGAGUCUCAUAAGCGGACUCUUGAUCUAUCUGGACAAGAGUUUGAUGAUGCUUAUGCAGAAUGCCAGCGACUCAAGGCAACUGCUGUUGCUGAGAAGAAUCGUGGUAAAGUGAUUGGUGGAUUGCCUGAUGUCGUGACGAUAAUGGAAGGCAAGACCCUGAAUCUGACCUGCAUUGUGUUUGGUAAUCCUGACCCUGAGGUGGUCUGGUUUAAGAAUGACAAGGAGUUUGAAAUGAAUGAACACUAUGUAGUUGCACUGGAGCAAGGAAAGAAAGCCAGUUUGGUAAUCAAGGGGGUGACUUCAGAAGACUCAGGAAAGUACAGCAUCCAUGUCAAGAACAAGUAUGGUGGUGAGAUAGUAGAUGUUACUGUAAGUGUAUACAAACAUGGUGAACAGAUGCCUGAUGUCAAACCUGGUACAAUGGGUAAAGCAAGGCCAAUACCUCCAGAAGCAGUUCACUAAUCUGCUAACCAAGAUAAGGAUGGGAAAAGUGGCAAGUAGAAGAUUUGAAAGGAGUGUGUUUGAAAAAAGGGGGGGCUAGAGAGAGGCUGUAGGGUUUAUUUCCUAUAGAGUUUCUGCAAUAGAUAACAGGCAAUAUCUAAGGAACAGUUACGCUUUUUGAAGUGUGCAUCACAUUCUCAGUUGUCUAACUGUACCAUCCGCAUUGGCAAUUGCAUUAUUAUGAAUAGAAAUGUUAUGUGGCUUGCCAACAAAAAAAGGCCAUUGCAGUGGCAGCUGUUAUUAACUUAUAUGCAAAUCAUUAUGAUAUCUGUGGGAUGUAACUCUGCUUAUGGCAACAGACACUGCAGACUUCUAUUAGUGUUAUAUAAUUUGGGAACUGAAUCUCACUUCUUAAUCUGGACUGUGACCCAUGGUGCUUUUGUAAAACCCCACAGAAGCCAAAUGAGCUGCAGAGAUGUAAACACAUUCAGGAUUGCAGCCUCAAAUGAAGCAGAAGAGUUGAAAAAUGACCUUCUGAGUUAUCCUUAGCAGCAUUGCUGUUUUGUAGUGCAAGCUGAUCUGUUAGUAGUAUUUUAUAAUCAUUGUGGAUUUGUGUAAACCAUAAGUUUCACAGUUGUUUGUUUGUUUUCCCCCUGCUUUGUGCUAAUAAAAACUUUAAAAGUCA